GACAUUAAUAAGAUGAGGAUGUUAGUGAGUUGUGGACAUUAAUAAGAUGAGGAUGUUAGUGAGUUGUGGACAUUAAUAAGAUGAGGAUGUUAGUGAGAUGUGGACAUUAAUAAGAUGAGGAUGUUAGUGAGUUGUGGAGUUGGAGGUCGUCUGUAGUUCUGUAGAGUUGCUGCAGAUGGUCAACUGUUCAUUAAUAGAUCAUUAACUGGUGUGUUUCUACAGGCUGCAGACUGGAAGGAAACAGAGAGAGAAAACAGAUCACUGCAUACACAGGAAGUUCAGUACUGCUGCCCUGCUCCUGCACUGACCUCCACACCAAACCUGAGACACACACAUGGAGGAAAUACACAAAUAACUGGGUAGAGAUAUCUCCUGAGAGAGAGCAGUACAAAGACAGAUUUCAGCUGGGUAAUGAUCUCUCUUCAGGAAAUCUCUCUCUGCUCAUAUCACACCUGACUGAAGAGGAUGGAGGAUGGUACAGGUGUAGUCUUAAUGAGAGUGAAAACAGAGACUUCAGACUCACUGUUAAAGGUAAAUGAGUCAUUUUUAUUCACAAUGCUACUUCCGUGAUAAUCUCAGGACAGAUUAAUCUGAUGAUGUAACAGCAAUGCAAUAUGUUGAUGUUUGUUCAUUCGCCAGGUUGCACACUGAAUGAUAAGACAGUGUCUGUGACUGGAUACGUGGGACAGUCUGUCCUUCUGCCCUGCUCCUGCUCUGAACUACAAGCCAAACCACACACUUUCAGAUGGAUCUAUUUAAAUAAUAUCAAAGAAAUCUUCCCAAAGAACGAGACAAAUCGCUACACAGACAGAGUUCAGAUCUUUAAUGAUCAUCUUCCAGGAAAUCUCUCUCUGCUCAUAUCACACCUGACUGUAGAGGAUGGAGGAGGUUACGGGUGUGAGAUCAGCAACAGUAUUCAUAAAGACAUCGACCUCACAGUAAAAGGUUGCACACUGAAACGUCAGACAGUGACCGUGACUCGAUACGUGGGACAGUCUGUCCUUCUGCCCUGCUCCUGCUCUGAACUACAAGCCAAACCACACACUUUCACAUGGCAAUUUUUAAAAGAAAGCAAAGAAAUCUUCCCAAAGGACGAGACAAAUCGCUACACAGACAGAGUUCAGAUCUUUAAUGAUCAUCUUCCAGGAAAUCUCUCUCUGCUCAUAUCACACCUGACUGUAGAGGAUGGAGGAUGGUACAGGUGUGAGAUCAGCAACACUCACUUUAAAGACGUCUCAGUCGAAGUAAAAGAGCGUCUUCCCUUCGUCCCCUUCGCCGUGGUGACUGUGAUCUUUCUGCACAUCUUCGUGGCUGUGGUCUAUUGCAGAACCAGAAAGAAAGUUUACUCUCCAGGUCCUGAUAGAGUUCAUUACAGCAGAGCUGAUGGAGAUGGAGCAGUGAGUCUGCAGUAGAGAAGAACUCGAUCAGCUGAUCCAUCAAUACAUUAAUAAACAGAUUUAUUCAUAAAUAGACCUGCAUAAGUAGUUCUGUAAAUACCGAAGCUUCAUAUUUUUUUCACGAUUUGUCCUUUCCAACCUUUUAGG